AUUGCCAAGUUGCCAAUUUAAUUUAGAUUUCACUAUUUUUUUCAAAAGUUGCAUGCACGCUAUAAAUGUUUCUAUAUAUGGGAAAUUGCCAAGUUCGAGUAAUCUAGAUUUAACUGAACCUUACAACAAUAUCUUGAUCGUGAAUGUGUGGAUACGAGACCCAAUUUAAGAGUUUCAGGUUUACUCAAAACUAAAAUGGGUCAGAAAACUAAGUAUUCUGGCGUAUAAAUGUAGGACAUUAAUUAAAAUCGGUCGAAGCAUUUGCAUUUAUUUAAUUAACGUUCUAGUCCAAAAUUUUUUUAUCAUAAUUUUCAAAUUAAUCUAAUUUAUUGUCUUAAAAAACCCUCAAAUUAUCCUCAUCGACUAUAAAUAGAGCAUAUACCACAAAGUUUCUCCUAAAGAGAAAACAAAAAUGGAGAAAUCACUUCCUCUCAACGAUUGGCAUGUGAAGAAAAGUAACAGAGUAAUAAACAGGCUCCAUGGUUUCAUCCAUGGCGGCGCUCUAGCUGCCCUAUUUUACUACAGAAUCACAACCAUCGCCGCCGCAGCCAAAAGCAGCAGCCCCAUUCUUCCCCACCUUCUCAUCUUCGCCGCCGAGUUCACCCUCUCCUUCAUCUGGCUUCUCGCGCAGGCCGCCAAGUGGAACCCGGUCAGGCGAAACGCGUACCCGGAGAGGCUGCCCGGAGACGAUAAUCUGCCCGCGAUAGACGUGUUCGUGUGCACCGCCGAUCCGGUGAAGGAGCCGAGCUUGGGUGUGAUGAACACCGUGAUAUCGGCCAUGGCGCUCGACUACCCGCCGCACAAGCUCCAUCUCUAUCUCUCCGACGACGGGGGCUCCCCCGUCACGCUUCGUGCCGUUAAAGAGGCCUCGAGAUUCGCCGAGGUGUGGAUUCCGUUUUGCCGGAAGUUUGGGGUGAAGAACAGGUGCCCUCAGGCUUAUUUCUCGAGGGAGUUGCAAAGUGGUGACGAUGACUUCUUAGUUGAGAAGAGAUAUAUUGAGAAAGCAUACGAAGAUUUCAAGAUUUCUUUGGCUAAGAUAGCUACGACUACAGAUAAUCGUGUCAGCAGAGAUCACCCACCAAUUAUUGAGGUUAUUAACGAUGCAAACAUAGACAAGGAUCCAAAGAUGCCUCUUCUUGUCUAUCUUGCUCGUGAGAAAAGGCCAUCUCACCACCCACACCAUUUCAAAGCUGGAGCACUAAACGUUCUUCUUCGAGUAUCUGCCAUGAUCAGCAAUUCUCCAUAUAUUUUAGUGCUAGACUGUGACAUGUAUUGCAACGAUCCAAAAUCGGCUCGUCAAGCAAUGUGUUUUCAUCUCGAUUCGAAGUUGUCUCCUCUUGCAUUUGUUCAAUUCCCUCAGAAAUUUUACAAUUUAUGUGAUAAGGCCGAUAUCUAUGAUGGCGGCAUAAGAUAUGCUUGGGAAAAAUGGGAAGGUUUGGAUGGUCUUAGGGGACCCAUUUUAUCAGGCACAGGAUUUUAUAUAAAGAGAGAAGCACUCUACGGCACUCCACAACUUCAAAAGAAUGUUGAUAGCAAUGAAUUGAUGAAGUGUUUUGGUUCAUCAAAGGAGUUCAUAAACUCGGUUCACAAACACUAUAAACCAAAUUAUCGGAGUGAUAAUGUAUUACAGAAAGAGGUUAAAUUUCUUGCUUCUUGCAGCUACGACGACGGCACCAAAUGGGGUGAACAGGUCGGGUUUAGGUAUUUUGCAGUGGUGGAGGACUAUUUCACUGGACUGAAUCUGCACUGUGAGGGUUGGAAGUCUGUUUACUACGAACCUUCUAGACCAUGUUUCUUGGGCACAACCCCAAUUAGCCUAGGUGAAGUUCUUGUUCAACUCACACGAUGGAGCCUCGGCCUCAACCAGGUUGCUUUCUCCAAGUUCUCUCCACUUGUUUAUGGAUCACUAAGAAUGCCCAUUUUGCAAAGCAUGGCCUAUGCAGAGAUUGCAUUCUACCCACUUUACUUCUUGCCUGUCUGUAUCCUGGCUCUCCUUCCUCAGUUCUGUCUGCUCCGAGGUUUCCAUCUCUAUCCUCAGGUGUCAAGCCCAUUCUUCCCAUUGUUCGUGUUUCUUUUCUUCUCAUCGCAAGCAAAGCACGUGCAAGAUAUCUUGAUAAUGGGGUAUCCAAUUAGGACUUGGAUUACUGAGCAAAGAAUGUGGAUGAUGAGAUCCUUCACAUCUUACUUCUAUGCUAACAUAUACACUAUCAUGGAUAAAAUGGGGUUGAAAAAGGCCAGUUUUUUACCCACAGACAAAGCCGUAGACGAAGGAGCAGCCACGCUUUACGAGAAGGGAGUAUACAAUUUUGAAGCACCAUCUCUUUUCAUGGUUCCAUUCUGCACUCUUUAUAUGCUAAAUUUGGCAUCAUUUUUAGUAGGGUUUGUGAGGAUUUUGCGUGGUGAAAAGGGGAUGUUGAUUGAGGCCUUUAUCCCACUGUUUGGGUUAGUUUUGCAUCUGCCUUUGCUUGAAGGAAUGGUGGUGAGAAAGGAUAAGGGCAGAGUUCCGACAAAGGAUUUUGUUGCUUCGCUGCUGGUUUCGUCGAUGCUGUUGGUGUUGGGUUAUGCAGCUUUUCCCAGUUACAGUUGAGUUGAUGAUUUUGAAUCUGUGUGUGUUUUGGGAAUUUGGGCGUUUCAAGUUGUAAAGUUCGAACUUCAAUUAUUGCAAGGUUGUAAUAAUUGUAUUUGGAUUUAGAGAUGAUGUAUGUAGUAAUGCAAAAUGUGUUUCUA